GUACGGUUUCGGUAUGAUAUACUGGACAUAACACGCUCGCACGCUACGCACCUCAGUGCCGGUUACGAAAACAUGCGUGUUGCGAGUAAAUCUGGCCUUCGAAGAUUGCUCUCAUUUACGUGCCUUCGCCAUGACAUUAAUGCGUGGUGCUCUACUGCGAGUGCUGCAGAGGGCCCUCGGCAUCUUUGUAAGGAUCCGGUGAUCAUAGACGGCAAGCAGUACGAACCCAGCGACCAAUGUAACCUCACGGUGCGCAUCCUGGAGCACACCACUCGAAAGUUGCACCUGAAGAAGUGUCAUCCCUUGUAUCUGGUUAAAAGGAGAAUAACCGAUUUUUUCGAGGAGAAAUACACAAACCGACGGGGAAAUCCGGCAUUUUCUGUCUAUGAUCGACUCAGCCCCGUGGUGACGUUGGAGCAGAAUUUCGACAGCCUGCUGGUACCAGCCUCUCAUCCAUCGCGGUGCAAAAGUGACAGCUACUACAUCAACAACGAGCUCAUGCUGCGGGCGCACACAUCAGCUCACCAGCGUGAUCUAGUGAAAGCAGGCCUUGACGCAUUUCUAGUGGCUGGAGAUGUAUAUCGGAGAGACGAGGUCGACAGACACCACUACCCGAUCUUUCACCAGAUCGAAGGCGUCCGGCUGUUUUCAGCAGACGAACUGUUUCCAGGGAGCAAUCAUGGUCUGUCCUUGUUUGAAAGUGGUAACCGUGAGUCUGACAAGCAGGGUCUGCACACACGUGAAGCAGCCAAACUUCUAGAGCAUAGUCUCAAGACAUGCCUGCAGGGGCUCGCUCAGCAGCUGCUUGGCCCUGAAACAGAGAUCCGUUGGGUGUCAACCUAUUUCCCAUUCACACACCCGUCAUGGGAGCUCGAGGCAAAGUUUCAAGGGGACUGGUUGGAGCUGUUGGGCUGUGGCAUCAUGGAACAAGAAAUUCUUUUUAAUGCUGGUGUGGAGCACAAAGUUGGCUGGGCUUUUGGUGUGGGCCUGGAGCGCCUUGCCAUGGCCCUGUACAGCAUCCCUGACAUCCGUGCUUUCUGGAGUACUGACCCAGCCUUCUUUGCCCAGUUUGAACACAAUGACCCCUAUCAGCCAGUUGUCUUCCGGGAACUAAGCCGCCACCCUCCAUGCCUGGCCGACAUGUCUUUCUGGGCACCUCCCGAGUUUGCGGCAAAUGACUUCUUUGACAUUGUUCGCUCUUGUGGUGGUGACCUUGUGGAACGUGUGGAACAUAGAGAUACCUUCAUCCACCCAAAGACCCAUAGGACCAGCCACUGCUACCGGAUAGUGUACCGACAUGUGGAGCGGGUGCUUGUCCAAGCAGAAGCCAAUGCCAUUCACAAGCAGAUUGGUGCAAAGGCAGAGGAGCUCCUUGGUGUUGAACUGCGCAUCAAGUGAACUGCAUUUGUGGAUAGCCCAACCUGUGUGAAAAUUUAUGCAGAUGAGUACAUUAAGUGGCAGGAUAUUUGUUAAUGACAUAGUGAUGAUCCCAGGCUGCCUAAAUGGUGCUGAGGCAGUCAACUGCCUUUUUUUUUUUUGAUGAAUAAACAUAGGUCAGUGUAGUGUCUUUCGUGAUUUUUUGCUGGUGGUAAUUAUGAAUUUUUGGUUGACUAUUUGUCUGAGGUCAAAAGAUUACUUCUGCUUGCUAUUUUAAAAAUGUAGUCUACUUAUGUAGCCUGACCUAAUAUCUUGUUUUAGUGUGUCAGGAUAACAAAAGCCUCUAUAAUUCUUAAUGGACUUAUUGAUGAGUGGAAAAAAAUCCAAAGUACCAACUAUUCUUCUAAUGGCACAUUGUGUCUCAUUCAUGCUUUUGUUUUCAGUGCUCAGCAUAAGUUACAUUGUAAUUCUUUAUCAGCCAUUUUACUGCUGCAAGAUUAUGGCAAUUAUGUCAACCGUAAAUGUACGCACUCUGAAAGCCAUGUAGCCAAUGAGUGUUGUUCUUACCCAUGUUGAAAUUUCAGCACAAAAAUUAGAUGAUGAUGGAAAGGAGAUCACAUGAGACGAGCAUGUGUGGUCACCUUUUCGUUAUGUUCUAAUUUUUGUGUUGAGGUUUCAACAUGAAUAUGUACCAACUUGCUCAGUUUACCUGUUUUCUAAGCUGCUUUUAUGUUAGUAAUAAAGCUUCUCACAUGUAA